UGUUUCCUUCGUCAUCGUUUUUUUUUUUUCAACGUAUUGAUUUUGAAAUUUUUUACACCUGGAGAUCACCACAGCAGACGGAAUCUCAAAUCGACCACGUUCUGAUUGACGGACGGCACUUCUCCGACAUUAUCGACGUCAGGACCUAUCGUGGCGCCAACAUCGACUCCGACCACAAUCUGGUGAUGGUCAAACUGCGCCCAAAACUCUUCGUCAUCAACAAUGUACGAUACCGGCGACCGCCACGGUACAACCUAGAGCGACUGAAGCAAUCGGAUGUCGCCUCAGCAUACGCGCAGAAUCUCGAGGCCGCGUUGCCAGACGAGGGCGAGCUCGAUGAGGCCCCUCUAGAGGACUGCUGGAGUACAGUGAAAGCAGCCAUCAACGAUGCAGCCGAGAGCACCAUCGGGUACGUGGAAAGGAAUCGACGGAACGAAUGGUUCGACGAAGAGUGCAGAACGGUUUUGGAGGAGAAGAAUGCAGCGAGGGCGGUAAUGCUGCAGCAAGGGACUCGACAGAACGUUACUUACCUUACCGAUCAGGCUAAGGCCGGGGUGGCCUCUGCUGUACAUAGUAGCCGUCUCCAUUCCACUCGGUCCAUGGCUGUUUAUCUCCAGUUCCGCACUCUGCGAAGGGUCCGCAGAUUGUCCUCCACUUGGUCGACCCACCUAGCUCGCUGCGCUCCACGUCUUCUUGUACCGGUCGGAUGACUCUCGAGAACCAUUUUAGUCGGGUUGCUAUCCGACAUCCUGAUGACGUGACCCGCCCACCGUAGCCUCCCGAUUUUCGCGGUAUGAACGAUGGUUGGUUCUCUCAGCAGCUGAUGCAGCUCGUGAUUCAUUUGCCUUCUCCAAGUCCCGUCUUCCAUCUGCACUCCGCCGUAGAUGGUACACAACACCUUCCGUUUGAAAACUUCAAGGGCGUGUUGGUCCUCUGCACGUAGGGUCCAUUUUUCAAUCCCAUAGAGAACA